AUGGUCAAUGUUAUGUUGAAUAAGUUGAGUAAUUCCUUCAUGAAUAUCCUUGUCUCAGUUCAGGAAGACUACAAUGCCGUUUAUACACUGUUGUGUUUGUAUGGAAGAAAUGUUGUGUUCUCAACCCUGCAAUACAGCCGAGUAUGCAUAUGGGUGUCAAGUAUUACAAGGAUCAGUUUGGCAGAUCCUCAAAAUGCAAAUUCUCAGGAGACGAUCACAACAAAUAUUGUUCUUGGAAGAGUUCGAGUUGCUGUAAGACUACAACCUCGGAAUGCAGAGGAGUUGGUUGCAGAUGCUGAUUUUGCUGAUUGUGUAAAAUUGCAGCCAGAGGUCAAAGAAGAGGAUGAUGCAAAUGCUGCACGGAAACUGCAAAUUAAUUUGAAGCAAAGGAGACAUAGAAAUCAAUGUUGUCAGAUUUUAUGGGAAAUUGGUACACCUAGGUACACUGGUUCUGGAACCACAUGGAUAAAGGCGCAGACCUCCGCCUUUGAAUCGUUGAUCCAUUAUGAGGUAGGGAUAUCAACUGAACUUGCUGCCUUGUCUAGUCAGCAACAUGGUGCCUCAUUUCAAAACAAAAGCAGCAACGAUAAUUUGUUCCAGCAAAAUCUGGGCAUAUCCAAUGAUCUCUCAAGUGAUCCCAACCAACAUUCACACAGGUUUCUUGGAAACAACAGCUUGUCCAAUACACUGCCAUCCCAAAAAAGCUAUAAACUUCUUAAUGUGUUUUAGGCAUGGAUGAAUGGGAGCUAGAUCGAUGGAUUUUAUUUAUUUUUUAAACUAUUCAAUUUAUUAUUGUAAAUAUUAUUGGCAGCAGCUCUAGUAGAGUAGAGAAGGGAAAUGGCCACAACAUCAAACAAAGAAGCCUCCAUCUACUUGCUUAUAAGUUGCUUUGUAAGCCAUAACCCAUCCUACCAAUGCAACAGCCAUUUUUUUUUGGCUUGCAAAUUCGUGCGCCACAUCAGCACAUAAGGUGGCAUGCCUAAUGCUAACCUUUUACUCAGUGGCAUCAAAUGAAUGGCUAAGAUGAAAACUGUCAA